GAGAAUAAAAUUAAACAUAAUAUUACUAAGGCUUAAAAGUCCAUGAAAACUUAAAUUUCUAAAAGUAAUUUCACAAAAGAACCAUCCUACCAGUCCUUCCUUCCGCUCCCCACCAUACCGCAGUCAUGGUGAAGGUCUACAAACCAGGCCGGGUGGUGAUCUUGCUGACUGGCAAGCAGGCUGGCAAGAAAGCCAUUGUCAUCAAGAGUAAUGAUGAGGGCACACAGGACCGCCCCUAUGAGCACGGCCUGGUGGCAGGCAUUGAGCGCUACCCUCGCAAGGUGACCAAGAGCAUGAGCAAGAAGAAGAUUGCGCGCCGCUCUAAGAUCAAGCCAUUUGUCAGGAUCGUGAAUUUGAAGCACGUGAUGCCCACCCGUUAUACUGCAACUGACAUUGUCUUUGACAAAGUAGAGAUCAACAAGGAGAUCUUGAAGGAUCCUGCCCGUAGGAAGAAGGCGCGCAGGAUGGUCAAGGCCAAACUAGAAGAAAGGUACAAGUCUGGUAAGAACAGGUGGCUUUUCCAAAAGCUUCGCUUCUAAAUAAAACACGGAUUAGUA